ACAAGACCUUUGGACCACCCGCGCCCCCGCCGCCCACAAAUCAGUUCAUUUCCAUCUUGAAGAGAAAAUGGCGCGUGUUUUGGUUGGAGUUAAGCGUGUGAUCGACUACGCCGUCAAGGUGCGCGUCAAGCCCGACAAGACCGGCGUGGUCACCCAGGGCGUGAAGCACUCGAUGAAUCCCUUCGACGAGAUCGCCGUGGAGGAGGCGGUGAAGCUGAAGGAGAAGAAGCUGGCCGAGGAGGUGAUCGCCGUCUCCGUGGGCCCUGCCCAGUCGCAGGAGGUGAUCCGCACCGCCCUGGCCAUGGGCGCCGAUCGCGGCGUCCACGUAGAGAUCCCGGCCGCCGAGUACGAGCUUCUGCAGCCCAUCCACGUUUCCAAGAUCCUGGCCAAGUUGGCUCUGGACGAAAAAGCCGACCUGGUCAUCCUUGGCAAGCAGGCCAUCGACGACGACGCCAACCAGACGGCCCAGAUGACCGCCGCCGUGCUCGACUGGCCGCAGGGCACCUUCUGCAACAAGAUCGAGAAGACGGACGCCGGUCUGACCAUCACCCGUGAGAUUGACGGCGGCCUGGAGACAAUCAAGACCAAGACCCCGGCUGUGCUGAGCGCCGAUCUGCGUCUGAACACCCCUCGCUACGCCACGUUGCCGAACAUCAUGAAGGCCAAGAAGAAGCCUCUCAAGAAGGUCACGGCCAAGGAUCUCGGCGUGGACACCUCGCCCCGCAUCGAGGUCAUCUCCGUGGAGGAUCCUCCAGUGCGCCAGGCCGGCGCCACCGUCGCCGACGUGGAUGCCCUGGUGGCCAAGCUGAAGGAGGGCGGCCACAUCUAGAUGUUCUUCAACUAGCAAAUUCCGGAGAGUCGGAUUUGCUGACAGGCUUUAAAUUUCCCUGAAUUCAACCCACACCCGUGUGCUUUAAGUGAACUCUAAAUUGGAAUUUAUUCUCGUUGUGUCCAGCUCUAAGAAUAAAGUGAUUGUAAGCUCUGAAA